AUGUCGGAAACAUGCCUUAUAAUUUCUUCGGUUGAUUCGGAUGCCCUGAACGCCCUUUUGGCGCUUGUCCUUGUGGCCAGCGUUGCAGUGAAUUCGGAUACAUGCUUUAUGAGUCAGCCAGUACCUUACAAUUCGGAUGAUAUUCGAAUGAAUGGGGGGUCUGUACGUAUAAGAUACGGAGAAGUAUCCGCGAAAGGAGUCGCAUAG